UGUUGACGUGACGUGGCGAACUCGACAGCCCGAAGCCCUAUACCAAGCCAACUCCAAGCCCAGCGCCUGAGCGAAAGUAAUAUCAAAAUUAGCUAAGGAGAGAAACUGGAUGUGUUAUUGUAAAUAUCCAUUGAUCAAGGAGCAGAUGAUCCGCUAAGUAAUCAUGCCACCAGGUAAAAAAACGGGAAGACCUCCGGGCUCUAAGAAUAAGGUUCCUUUUAAAAAUAAAUGCAAUUACUGUUCCCUUGUAUUGAAGUGCAGGAGUGAUAUGUUGAAACAUUUACGUGUAUGCAGUAAGAAGAAGCUAUCUAAACUUAAGGAUCUUGAUCCCAAAAAGGCCGUGUACAGCUGCACACAAUGCACCAAGAAGUUCAGAUUUGAGAAUAGUUACACCAAACAUCUUUUGAUGGAGCAUUCCAAGCUCCGAACGGCAGUGGACUGCAAGCAGUGCAAUGUCCGCUGCCCAAACCACCGCGCCCUUAAAGAGCACAUUGCAAAUGUGCAUGAGCGGGAGAUAUUUGAGUGUGAGCAUUGCAAGAAGCAGUUUGUCAGACGGGCCCAUGUAUUACGCCACAUUGCUCAAAAAGGCUGUGAUGGAUCGGGAGUUAAAAUGUUCCCUUGUGAAAUUUGCAAUGCCUCAUUCACACGCAAGGACAACUUGAUAGUUCACCUCCGAUUGCAGCACAUCAACAAGAACAAUUACCAUUGCAAACACUGCACCUACCACACCAAGAACUUCUCCAAGCUGAUCAUUCACACCCAGAAGAAUCACUCAGAACCAAAAAACUGUUUUGAGUGUGAUCACUGUAGCAAAGUGACCAGCUCUAGAGCUGCUAUGGCCAAGCAUUUAGAAAUCCAUGGAGAAAAAAAAUAUGAAUGUGAUGUGUGUGGCUACGCAACUUACACGAUAGAGGUGAUCCGUCGUCACGUGCUCGUGCACGUCGAGGACAAGCCGUACAAGUGCGCGAUCUGCAACCAGUCGUACAUCCAGCGCUCGCAGUUGCAGCGCCACCUGGUGAAGCACACCGGCAACAUGUGCGGCAAGUGCGGGGGCACCUUCAGCUCCAAAGCCGGCUUGAUAAUCCACCAGCGCGAGCACCUGGGACUGGAUAAGCUGUUGUGCCCAUACGAUGCCUGUUCGUACUCCAAGAAGGAAUUCAGCAGUGAAGCGAGCCUCACCAAUCAUGUGAAGACUCAUUUAGAUGAGAAACCGUUCCAAUGCGCCGUGUGCAAGAAGCGCUUCCACAACGAGAUCAACCAGCGGCGGCACGUGAUGACGCACCAGCUGGACCGGCCGCGGCGCUGCAUGUACUGCGUGAACGCGCGCGCCUACGUGCGCGGCGAGCAGCUCGUCAAGCACGUGCGCAAGUGCCACCCCGACCUGUUCCGCGCGCACCUGCAGCACGUGCGCCGCGUGCUGGGCACAAGCGACAAGAUCGACCGUGUGAAGAAAUCAGAGAUGGACUCGAUCCUAAACGUGCUGGACGCGGAGUCGGAGCGCAUCCUGCAGGGCUACGGCGAGGGCGUGCUGUACGGCGGCGUGCAAGACGUGGAGCCCGACGACAUAGACGUGCCGCUCAAGAUUGAAAAGACUGAGAAUCCUUUGAUGUCGGAGGGGGAGCUAGCCGAGAGCCUGAAGAAGUUGCUGACGCAGCUCAUCGACAUGGAGAAGCUCGAGUGCUUCGGCUGGCCCGACGAGAGCGUCGACGUGGUCCUAGAAAAGGUGAUAGAGCAAUGCGGCGCGCGCGCCGCCGACCGGUCGCGCUGGACGCGCGUGCAGCGCCUGCGCGAGAACACCAAGCAGCUGUUCCUCUACGUCAUCGAGGACGCCAACAUCGCGCGCAUGCUCGACACGCACACCAUCGACCAGAUCGUCAAGCACAUCCUCACGCAGGUCGCCGACACCGACGCCGCCGAAAUAUAGGCUAUUGCGACAGUUAACAGCGCUGGUCACCCGCGGAUCUCUAAUACCCUGGCCACACACUCGACGAGUGCCAUGGGAAGUACGCAGAGACGUAGAGUUAGUGUGGCCACGUUACUCGUCGUGCUCCUCGUCAUGCCCGCCGCUUCCUAUUUUGUCGAUUUUUUGUCACGAGUCAAAGGACCGGCAAUAUGAGGUAAGGAGUAGAGCAGUGUUGUCCGGAGAGGGCAACAUUGCGGCAGAGCGAUGAGCAUAGUUCGGCCGUACUAUAAUCGGGCUUGAACUGCCGACCUCUAAAUUAUAUUUUGAGAUAGUUCUCUUUGACAGCGAGCGAGUCUGCGACUAGUUUAUCGGGGAUGAUAAUAUCGCACGUAUGCUGGACACGCACUCGAUCAGAAUAAUCAGCACGUUAGCACAUGUUGAUGCAGGCCGGGCUUUAGACCUUAUAGCAAUAAGAAUAGAGUUGAAAAUAAAUAUCAUAGCAUAGCAUCAUAUCAGAGUUGAAAUUCAUUUUAAUCAUAAUUUUAGGGCUAAAUGUGUAUACAAUCAUUACAAUCAACCAAAUAUUGUAUGUAAUAUUGAGUAGUGAAUAUUCAGAAAAAUACGCGCAUUUUAUUGUAUAGUCGCCAUCAGAUGUAUCGGAGCGGCCAAAGUGCUCACAAAUAUCUAAACACGCCCUCUAUGGAGAGUGCGUGAUAUUUUUGGGCACCUCGGCUAAAUGUUAUAUUCCAUUUCUUUUUCGUUAAAAACAAUUGUGCCUUGAAAAGUGAUUUUACUCACACAUAUACAUAUCUAUUAUACACUGUUCUGUCUUAUCAUAUUUAAUGAUGAGAUGACACAGAUUGUUAAUUAUGGUAAGUUUUACAGUAAAUAAAGACUCUACCCCAACAAGUUGUAAAAGUAUAUUUUUGCAAUAGGUUUGGUGUUUGUAAUUAAUACAAACGUUCUAGACUGUAAUCGAAGUGUGAAGUUUUGUUUUUAAGGGUUUAGAAUAAUAAUUGAUUUACUGUUUAAACAUAAAUACCAAACAUGUCUCGAAUAAAUAUUGAAUUUGAACUUUAUAAGUUCGCAGUAAUAAAAUGUUUAUGAAUUUUAUAUGUCCCGACAUAAGGAAACAUGUUUGGUGUUGAAAGGUUAAUGAGAUAAAAGAACAAAUAAAAUAUAAUAUUAUAAGAAACUACAAAUUAAUAUUACCAUGUUGUAUAAGUUAUGUUUAAGAUGAGCUAGUUAAGUUUAAACUAGAAUCAAUAUAUUUUAAAUAGAAAUAAUCAUUGUUAUAAUAGAAUAUAAAAGAUUACAUUUUAUUAAAAGUUUGGAUAAAGCAAAAUAUUUUAUAAACCUUGUAGAACGUUACUAUUCCUCCACUCACUUUAGUAAGAUGUGGAUUCCUAUAAUAUGUGUUUAUUGCGAGCUAUAUUAUCAAUUUGAAAAACCUUGUCUACAUUUAUUUUUAAUAGAUAGGUAUAAAUCACCUAUAUCGUGCCUUUUAUCACUAUUCUUAAUAAACAUUUACAUAUAAUAA